CAUUGCAUCAUCAACAAAUAGUGCAACGUGGAUAGUUUAUUGGUCCACGUGUCACUCCCGUGUAUCACCAUUGAAACCGCACUUUGCCGUUUCUUCCCAGUUCCCCAGACCACAAUUACCAACACAAUAGCAACCGGUGGCUUUUGUUUCGUUCUAAAUUAAGAACUUGUUGUGAGAGAAACCUUUGUUGUUUGUUAAAUUCUGGUCUUUUUUUUUCUCUUUCAAUUUCUCUCAUCUUUCUAGGAAUAGUUUAUUACAUUGGUUUGAAGAGGUUGAUGAAAGACAUGUGGGAUUUUUGAAAGAUUAAGUAAUUGUUUAUUUUUUAUGUUUAAAGUGGCAAAUUACUUAAAUAUGCAGCAUUUGGUGACUCAAAGAAACCUUCAAAAGGAAUUUUGAUGGAAAUUGUUUUGGUGGAAGAGUUUGAACCGUGCAAGCUAAAGGAAUCAUUUUUAUAGCUCUAGAAGGCAAAACAAGAAUUGGGGUUUCUUUCAAAUAAGGGAAAAGUUUUAAUGGGAUAAAGGAGAAGAAGAUGGAUUUUUGGCCAGAGUUUCUUGCUAGCAGUUGGGGUAGAGAAUUUGUGGCUGGAGGGUUUGGAGGCAUUGCUGGUAUAGUCUCUGGUUAUCCCCUUGACACCCUUCGAAUUCGACAACAGCAGUACUUGCACACCGGUUCAGCCUUUAGUAUCCUUCGAAAUGUUGUCUCUACUGAAGGGCCUGGUGCCCUCUACAGAGGCAUGGCAGCACCUUUGGCCUCUGUUACUUUUCAGAAUGCCAUGGUUUUCCAGAUAUACGCAGUCCUCUCUCGAGCAGUUGACUCGUCUGUUUCAGCUAAAGACCCUCCUUCCUACAAAGGAGUGGCUCUAGGAGGAGUUGGAACCGGUGCUCUUCAAAGUCUAAUGCUCGCCCCCGUGGAGCUUGUUAAGAUUCGCCUUCAAUUGCAGGGUACAGGCCAAGCAAAAACAAAUAAAGUUCAACCAUAUAAAGGCCCUGUAAGUGUUGUGAAAACCAUAAUGAAAAGAGAAGGUUUGAGAGGAAUGUAUAGAGGUUUUACCAUAACUGUUCUCAGGGAUGCACCUGCACAUGGUGUUUAUUUUUCGACUUAUGAGUAUAUGAGAGAGCAUUUUCAUCCGGGCUGCAGAAAAGGCGGCCAAGAAAGCCUCCAGACAAUGUUGGUCUCGGGUGGACUGGCUGGAGUUGCUAGCUGGAUAUGUUGCUAUCCAUUAGAUGUUAUCAAGACCAGAUUACAGGCUCAAUCUCCAUCUUCUAUUCCUCUAAAGUAUAAUGGUAUUAUUGAUUGUUUUCAAAAGAGUGUCAAACAUGAAGGAUUCAGUGUGCUAUGGCGAGGGUUAGGUACUGCAGUUUCUAGGGCAUUUGUGGUUAAUGGUGCCAUUUUUGCUGCUUAUGAAAUUGCUCUAAGGUGCUUAUUCAACAAUGGCAGCAUUGAAACAGAUAGCACAAUCUUUGAAAAGCAGGAAGACAAAUUGUCUAAUGGGAUUUAAGUUACAAUAACUCAUGUUGUUGAUUAUUUGAUGUAUGAUUACAAAUUUAAAUUUUCAUAAGUAUAAAAAUAAUUUCAGUUGCAAUACAGUAUCACCAAAGAGAUCAAGGAAAUGGGAUGAUUUGUUCUUUUUGGGGAUUAUUUGUUAUUAUUUGUAAUACGUUAUCACCAAAGAGAUCAAGGAAAUGGGAUUUGAUUUGUUCUUUUU